AUGUCUCCCACAUUUCAAAGACAAGAUGCGGAUCGUGAUGAUCGAAUUGACCCCGAUAUACCACCGGAAAGAUGGAUCAGUAGAAAAGAGCUUCUCAAAUGGAGAUCAAGCACUCAUGAGAACCAGUCACUCAGUUAUGGGAAGAAACUAGAUGCAACUGAGCAAAUCAGAGUUAUUCAGAAGCAGCACGACCUCAAUAUCAGUGAAGUGGGUUUCAAGCUUGAUAUGGAAGUUAGAACUCGUCGCCUCGAUCUUUCAAAUCAAGCCAAGGCUAUGGAUCGUCAGUUGGAACACAGACAAAACUUGGCUCUUCUUAAUGCACAAAUGAUUAUCUUAACGUUUCUCUGUUAUGUGACUUUCUUUUACAUAAUGUCGCUUUGCAAGUCAGAUUACUACUAUACGCUGUUGGGUUUUAUGUUGCUCAUCGUUCUGGGUACAUGCAAGGUUUAUCAUGACGGGCGAUUGUUACCAGGAAUACCUAUGUAA